CGGACUGUAGCAAACGCAGCAGCCGGAGGAGACAGGACCUGGGAGCAGCUCGGAUUCGGUUGGCACAGAUCUGGGACGCGACACAUCCGCGAAGGAACACCAGGGACGGAUUCAAGGAAGGACCGGAAUCAGGAGGAGAGCUUCCAGUUGAUCCAGUUUUUAAACCAGCUGCAAACGGAGCAGCGAGGAAAAAUGGUGAAUUAUUUGAUCCUGCUGUUGGUUUUCGCCCCGGUUGUCACCGGAAAGUCACCUCGACUCAAAUUUGUCGUGCACGAGCCACCCAGGUACCACUUCGACCGACCCGAGAACUACAUCAGCAUGUACCACCAGGAAGGAAGCGACACUCUCUACGUAGGCGGCCGGGCGACGAUCUAUGUGUUGAACUUUACCGACAGGGGGGUCGACAACCAGCAGAUCCCAGCAGCAUCCGAUCAGACUGCAAUUGAUACCUGCAAGGCCAAGGCGGCACCGCUCGAGAUGGAGUGUGAUAAUUUCAUUACCGUCCUUCAGAAAGUAAACGACACAUUCAUAGCAUGUGGGACAAAUGCUGGAAGCCCCAGAUGCUGGAUGCUGGUAAAUGACUCAGUGCUGACAGACGUCCAGGGUGCUGGGCAGAUAGCGUCCCCCUCUGACAUUUCACCACCGUACCCUUCACAGAAGUUCAUCAAUUUACCUGCAGAUGGGAGUCUGUAUUCUGCUAUGUCAUCGGUGGGAGGUCACGCUGGCUCGAUCCGGCGCACAUUUGGCCCGCAGAAACUCCUGAAGACGGAGAACGUUUGGCUGCUGAAUCCACAGUUUGCUGGUGCAGCUGUAAUCCCAUCUUCACAAAAAUUCAAGGAGGAAAUCUACUUCUUCUUCACGGAGUUCAACAAGACAGCCAGAGUGGAUGAAGAGCCAUACAGGGCCAGGAUUGGUCGUAUCUGCACGGUGGAUGAAGGGGGCAUCAAAGCCCUGCUGGCAGACUCCUGGACCACCUUCAUGAAGGCGAGAGUGAUGUGUGGUGCAGGAAACACUCAACAGCAGUACAACAACAUGAGGCAGGCCGUGGUGCUGACAGCCCAGGACAAGAGGGCAGGGGUCAUGUAUGGCCUUUUCUCCAAUGCAUGGGGCAGAACCGUGAUCUGUGCCUAUUCCAUUGAAGAUAUUGACCAAGCCUUCUCCACCUCUAAACUGAGAGGCUACAGCAGUCCGUUCAUUGGCAGUCGCCCUGGCAUGUGUGCCCGCAAGAACCCCUCAACAGCUGAAAGCCAAAACAACAUCAAAAACCUCGGGGUGAUCAGAUACCACCCAGAAAUAGAGGAUGUGAUUCGUCCUGUUGGCGUGGCUCCACUCGACCUCCCCACAGACGACCAAAUCACACACGCGGUGGCAGAUAUUGUCCUGGCAGUCAACGAUGAGCACUACAGUGUCCUGUACCUCGGAACAGAACAAGGAAAAGUUCUCAAAGUUCUUCACACCAGCGAUGAGGUCUUCAUCAUCUCUCAGUACUCUCUGUUUCACAACGAAGUGCCUGUUUUAAACAUGGCUAUGGACUCACAAAAGGGGCAUCUGUAUGUUGGUACAGCCAUGGAAGUCCAGCGAUUGCCACUGGCUGACUGCAAUCGCUAUGGCAACACAUGCAGGGAGUGCAUCCUUUCCCGGGAUCCAUACUGCAGCUGGGACAAGGCCAGGAGGAAGUGCAUCUCCAUCCCGCCUGGAUACAACGUCACGUCUGGAACACUUAUUCAGAAUCUUGAUGAUUCAAACUCCUCCAUCUGCGGGGAAGCUGCUGCUCUAAAGCAACGUCGAACUUCUCCCCGAGAAGUUUUGGUGAAGGGGAGAAACACGACGGUGUUCCUCCCCUGCCCUGUGCACUCUUUCCACGCCACCUACCGCUGGGAGAAGGACAACUGCAUCAAGAACUACCCCUGCCUCUUCUCUGGAGACUUCUGUGUCCUGGGGCCGGUGGUGAACACACCCUUGAAGGAAGGUGUUUUUCGCUGCAUGGCCACUGAAGAUGGGUUCAAAGUUGAGGUGAUUUCCUUCAGGCUGGUAAACGAUGGCCGGCUUCUAUCUGCCUCCGUUGCUUCCAACUUAGGGCUUUCGGUUCUGCUCGCCAUGGCGACUCUUUGGCUCCAUUAACCACAGCUAGCACUAACGCUAACUCCUCAUUUUUAUUGGCUCUCACUGAAAGGAUAGGCCAGGAGCCAAUCUGAGGAGGCAAGGUUUGCAUUGCAUACACAUCUAUGGUUGGGUUGUGCUCUGACAAUUGACUUUUCUUCUUUGUUGGGGGGUUAGCUUUGUAGGACAAAAAAAAAGAUUUUAGAAAACACCAUUGAAUAGGGGAGUAAAAAUCUAUAUUUUUAGCACAGAACAUAUCUACGGCCGGAGCUGUCUUAAUAAGAGCAGAACUGUAAAAAUCAUCCAUUAGCAUUUAAACUAAAGUGACUAAGACUUACUGGCCUCAAACUCUCAUGUCUUGCAAGUUCAAAUUUGAUUCAACCAUAAUUAGGUGCUUUGCGAACCUUUCCUCUCUGACAAAAAAAAAAAAAAGACAAACAUAUCUGAUGAGUUGGGCAAAAAAGAAACACCAAUACCAGGCCAAUUCUUUUAACAUUUCUCUAUAUAUUUUGAAACUGACUUGAUUGUGCUUAUUUGUGGAUAUGUAAGCCUUUAAUAAUGCUCCUACAUGUAUUCAUUCAUCGUGUUAUACAUCAACAUAGCUCACUAGCAUCUAGGAUAAUGUCUGGUAUUGAGAUUUUCAAAAGCCUUAAAACUUCUGGGACAUAGACUCCUAAGCACAAUUUUGCAGUCGAGGCAGAAUACUGCGGGCUCGGUUUGCGCAGUAAUUAAUGCAGCCGAGUCUAAACAACGUGGCUGGGAGGAAGUGUCAGCUUUUUUGACAGGAAGUAGGAAGAUGGGCAAUAGCUCAUCCUCGAACAUCACUGUGUCUCAGCACCUCCUUCUCAAACAAGGCGGUUUAUUUUAUCUUUACAGCAGAUGGUAUCGGACAUAAUUAUUGCACCUUGUUCACAGCUUUGUCCGUUUUUUUCACGUCUUUCCUGCUCUCAGAAUCUGUAAUCCUUUGAUUAUACAGUGUUAUUUCAAGGAACUACAGUGAGCAGCUGCGUGUGCUUCAAACCAAACCAUGUUGAUUGCCUAAAGUUGUGAACAAGGUCUUAUAGCCAUUUUGAUAAACUAAAACUUUAGACAAACACAGGGGCAGAAAAAGAUUCAACCCUAAUACAAUAAAGAUUGGGGUAUUGUGUAAAAUGUAAAUAACAACAAACUGUGAUGAUCUCCAAAAUUCUUAAACUAAUUUUAUCCACAGUAUAUAGUAAACAUAGCAAAGACUGCAACUAAGACAUUUU